AGAAGCCGGAAGUGAAUGGCGACGGUGUCAGAGGAAGAAACGCGAGAACAGCUGUGGUGAACCGCGCGCGCGCGCACACACACACACACAAAACAAAAUGCCGUCAUGGCGGCGGGAGUGAAGCAGCAGAGUGAAGAGUAAAGAGAAGCCGAGGAGCGCGUGCAGAGAGAGAGAGAGAGAGAGAGAGAGGGAUGAGGGUGAGGGCGGGGGGGCCGCGGGGCUGCGGGGGGCGCUGCUCUCUGGGCUUCCUGUCCCGCAGGGCGCUGAGCGGAGACCCGCUGCUGAAGGAGGACUUCCAGCGCCGCAGACUGGCGGGGUGUAACAGCCUCUACCGCCGCGACCUGCUGGGACACUACGGCUGUGUCAACGCCAUCGAGUUCUCCAACAGCGGGGGGCAGUGGCUGGUGUCAGGUGGCGAUGACCGGCGUGUGUUAUUGUGGCACAUGGAGAAAUCUCUUCAGUCUCGAGCCAAGCCUGUGAAACUGAAGGGGGAACACCUGUCUAACAUCUUCUGUCUCGCCUUCGACAGCACCAACACGCGUGUCUUCUCUGGAGGGAAUGAUGAGCAGGUGAUCCUGCAUGACGUGGAGCGUGGUGAGACCUUAAACGUGUUUCUCCAUGACGACGCGGUGUACGGUCUCUCUGUCAGCCCUGUUAAUGAUCACGUGUUCGCCAGCUCUUCAGACGACGGGCGUGUCCUCAUUUGGGACACACGGGAGCCCCCACAUGGAGAGCCCUUCUGCUUGGCGAAUUAUCCGUCUGCGUUCCACAGUGUGAUGUUUAACCCAGUGGAGCCACGCCUCCUUGCCACUGCCAACUCUAAAGAGGGCGUCGGCCUGUGGGACAUCCGCAAACCACGCAGUUCUCUGCUGCGGUACGGAGGCUCUCUGUCCCUCCAGAGUGCGAUGAGUGUGCGCUUUAACAGUGCAGGUACACAGCUGUUGGCUCUGCGCAGACGUCUGCCCCCCGUCCUGUACGAGCUCCACUCACGUCUCCCCAGCUUCCAGUUCGACAACCAGGGCUACUUCAACUCCUGCACCAUGAAGAGCUGCUGCUUCGCCGGGGACCGCGACCAGUACAUCCUGUCUGGCUCUGAUGAUUUUAAUCUCUACAUGUGGAAAAUCCCUAAAGACCCAGACUCAGUGGGCCGGGUGGUGAACGGGGCGUUCAUGGUGCUGAAGGGUCAUCGCUCGAUUGUAAAUCAGGUCCGAUUUAAUCCUUACACCUACAUGAUCUGUUCCUCUGGAGUCGAGAAGGUUAUCAAGGUGUGGAGUCCGUACCAGCAGCCAGAGUGUGUGGGUGACCUGGAGGGCCGGGUGGAGGAUAAGUCUCGCUCUCUGUACACACACGAGGAGUACAUCAGCCUGGUGCUGAACAGCGGGAGCGGCCUGUCACAUGACUAUGUCAGCCAAUCGGAGCAGGAGGAUCCGCGCAUGAUGGCCUUUUUUGAUUCGCUCGUGCGGCGUGAGAUCGAGGGCUGGAGCUCCGACUCCGAUUCGGAUCUGAGUGAAGGCGCCAUUCUGCAGCUGCACGCCAGGGGGCGUGGCCACACCCGCUCCACCAACCACGGAGCCUCCGCCAAUCCGACUCCGCCCACCGAAGCGCUCAGUAAUCGGCAGAGCGACUCGGACCACUCCUCUUCCUCGUCCUCCUCCUCGUCCUUGUUAUCUGGUCCGGCUUCAGGGAGCGAGAGAGCGACUCCCGAUGCGUUAGGCUCGCACAGACGGAGAAGGGCGGGGUCACGCCGAGCGUCCGCAUUCCUGUUGGACGUAGUGAACGAGGACUCGGACUCCAGUGGGUUCUGGUUAGACCCGUUGCCCCGCCCACGCUCUCCGAGCCCACGGGAGAACUCUAGCCUCUCCAGGACCUCCAGUCCAAGCUCCUCCCCCAGCUCCUCCUCCACCUCCUCGUCGAAUAGUGAUGGAGAGGAGGCAGAGCUUCGGAGGAGCAGAGUACGACAACGCAAUGCGGCGAGAAAGCAGGGUCGUAUGCUUUGGUCUCGCUUAGACUCCACCCACUCUCUUCAGAGCGCCACAGAUUACAGCAGCUACCCCAAAAUAUCUCUACAAGAUUCGACAUCGUCCUCCUCGGCGGACGAGAGCCGGCCGAUCAGGGGUGGGGGUAAAAAUAAGGGGCCCGGCAACACUUCCAGCCCCGGCCCUUCUUCAGAGAGCCACACAGAGACACGCCUACAGGUCAAAGGUCGCUUGUCUGAAGUCACGAAGAGGGCAGAGUCCAGAAUCGGCCAUCGGGAGGAGCAGGGGGCGGAGAAAAGCAGCGAGGACGAAUUGAACAGCUCGGGGCUGUACGGGAACUUGAGCGCGCAUGAUGAGAGCUGUGUAGACUCAACUCUUCCGGAAUCCUCAGAAGGGGCGGAGCCUGCCGUUAACCCGACAGGCUCUAGGACUGGAAAACGGACAUGCUUUAGCUCUGAACCGGAGGAGGAGGAGGAGGAGCCUCCAUCAGAAAAAAAGCUAAAGACGUGAUGAUGUAGUGAACAUGGCGUUUGAUUGGCUCGUUGAUUCCUGUGUUUUAUUUGCAGCCUGCGGUUUGUUCAGCGCUGCUGGGAGGAGCAGCAUUAACUUUAUUUCAUUUAGAUCAACAACAUGGUGACACUCUUGACCUCCAGCAGGGGGCAGCAUUUCAUUUCAGCAUUUCUUUCAGAGCGUUGUGUUUUAAAUGGGUCGCGCUGUAAGCGUUCGCGGAGGAGAGGCCGGUGUACAGGGGGAGCGUGAGGGUGUAUAACCCAUACCAGUAUUGUGUGUGUGUGUGUGUGUGUGUGUGUGUGUGUGUGUGAGGGGCGAAAAAAAGAGAUAAAUAUGCUGAUAUAUUGUAUAAGUAGGAUUUAUUUAGUUAUGGUGCUGCUGUGCAUCCCUACACACACACACACACACACACACACAGAUAUCUUCACUUACAGUGUGAUGCAACACUAAAGAAUUUAAACAUUAAUUAUGUUAAUAUUAUUGUCGUUAUAUGUUCAGGUUAAUGUUAUGUUUGUGUGGAGGGGGCGGGGCUAGCCGUCGUCAAACUGUUUUGGUAACAUCCUUUAAGUUCUGCUCUGUGGAUGCUGUUUCCAUGGUAACCCUGUACUAUGCUCAGCCGCAGUGACAUCAUUAAAAUUUAAUUUGUGAGUGAUCACA